CUAGUUUCUCGCUUCGUUUCCCCGCACGCAGUUCAAAAACAGAAGCACCAGUUGUCUCAAACAAAAAUUAUUUUAGGGGCUGUGAUCGUUCGAGGGAGAUAAUUCGUCAACGAUUUCAGUGCGCAACAUGUUCAACUCAAAGCUUGGCGCGAAUUUCGGUUUGGAGCCGAUGCAAUUGAUUUCAGUUUAUUUCAUUUUCGCAGUAAUCAAACAAAGAGGCGAGGCUCUAGGAAUGGAUCAAGGUGUCUGGCGGAUGACUCCCGACAGCCCGCACCAAGUGGUGGCACCCAAUUCGACCGUCACAAUCAUUUGUAGCUAUGCCUUCGAGGACGACAGCGGCGGAAAUCGAUCCAAGAACCUGACUUGGAAAUGGGACCUGCCCGACAACCUCGCUAAAUUUUCAAAACUGAUGACGGUCGAGCCUUCUCGCUUCAUCCGGACGUUUCACCGGAACAGCACCCACAUGACGUCGACAAUGACACUGAUAAACGUCACCCACCAAGACAUGGGUUAUUUCCGGUUUCACUAUGGCGACCUGGAAAUGAAACAAUACAUCUACGUGUUCGAUGGCAGGAACCUGGUCAUCAUGAACGACAAGAGUUACUAUCCAAACUACUACCUCUACUUUUUCAAUCAAGGCGAAUUGGGUGUACACAUUCCGUGCAAACCCACUCAUCCCAACGUCACCGUUUCACUCAUCCACGUCGACCAACUCAACAAAGAACCCGAUUCCGAGGAUGUGCUAGCCCAUUCGAAAUCCGAUUGGUCGUUGGAUUUGGACCUUGGGCUGACACUUAAAAAAGUGAUGAUCGGCACUACCGGCAAUUACCGGUGUGUUGGCGCAAUGAACAACAUCGCUAACGAGAAACAUUUCACCAUCAGUGUCAAAGGAAUCGAGCUUACCAGAGUCGGGGAACCUGACGAUCCGCCGGAAGGCAGCAACAUCACCUUGAUCUGUAGCACCAUGUUUGCCGAAAUCAAAUUUCCCGCUCCGCCGGAAUGGGCCUUCGAGAUCAACGGCACUGGAAAAAUGAAGAAAAUCGAUGAAAUUAAUCCGCCUGAAGGCAUUCGCGUAACAACGCACGAUUACAGUAAACAAAGAAACACGGGUGGAUUCACUUUAAAUUAUUUCGAAAGUCGAUUGGAGCUCUUUGAAAUCAAUAAAAGAACUUACACGACGUUUCAAUGCAAAGCCAACAAAGAUAAAGACUCGGCAACUAAAACCAUAUCUUGGCGCAUUAAAAGAGAUGAUACCAACAACGAUCCAGUGACUAACUUGGUCCGGCUGGAAAAGAGAAUAAAAAGUACAACCUUCGUCGCCUUAUCCGUAACUCUGGCGCUGUUACUGCUACUGGGAAUCGGUAUCGGUUUCAAACUCUAUUACGAUUUGAAACGACAAGUCUUUCCAGGAGCAAAGAAAUUGCUGGAAGGAAGCUCGAAAAAUAUUAAUCCUCAGCUGCCGUUGGUCGAUCAAACUGAGCUGCUGUCCUACGACAAACGGUGGGAAUUUCCCAGAUGUCGUCUCAAACUCGGAAUGCAGUUGGGAGCCGGAUGCUUUGGACGUGUUGUCAAAGCCGAAGCUGUGGGCAUAGCAGGCUCCGGUGAAUCUGUCCAAACGGUAGCCGUCAAAAUGGUACGGUCGCCAACUAACGUCGCAGCUGUAGAAGCUCUCAUCAGUGAAAUGAAAAUUCUGAUCUUUUUGGGGUCCCACCUGAACGUCGUGAAUCUACUCGGAGCUUGCACCAAACAAAUAUCAAAAGGCGAACUAUUCAUCAUUGUCGAAUACUGCCGCUACGGCAGCUUGAAAUCUUAUUUGUCAAAUCAUCGAAAAACUUUCGUCAACUUGGUUGACAUGUUUGGUAAAAUAAAAUCCGAUAACGAGAUCAAGGAAAUACCCUACAUGGCCAUGAGUUUGAAUGUCAAAGAAGUUGAAAGCCAAGGUGAAAGAGGAAACAUCCAAGAUCACGCAACUACCAGUGACUAUUCAGAUGCUGACGUUGAGCGCCAGAGUCUACCAUUAGCGGAUCUACAAGCAACGGAACCGUAUUACCAGAAUCACCAUUACGACGUGAUGAAUCGAUUAAUCUCUACAUGCGAUCUAAUAUCCUGGUCCUUUCAAAUAGCAAGAGGAAUGAACUACUUGGUUAGCAAAAAUGUACUCCACGGCGAUUUGGCGGCACGAAACGUUUUGCUGGCCGACGACGGAAUAGUCAAAGUGGCAGACUUUGGAAUGGCCAAGAAAAUGUAUUACGAAGGCAACUACGAGCGAAAGGAGGGAUUGAUGCCUGUCAAGUGGAUGGCCAUCGAAUCACUGACAGAUUGCAUCUUUUCCAGUCAAUCAGACGUCUGGUCGUUCGGAGUUGUACUCUGGGAACUUUUCGCCUUAGGCAGUGUUCCAUAUCCAGGAAUGGAUGCCGGUCACCAACUCAUCAAAGAGAUUCAAAAAGGAUAUCGAAUGGAAAAACCAGAAAACGCGCCAAAUUUCUUUGGAGAAUUGAUGGCCAAUUGUUGGAAAAGGGAGCCGAAAGAGAGGCCCACAUUUGGUCAACUGGAGGAUACCAUCAGCGGUUACAUGACAAAUCUCACAUUAGAAUGCGAUUCGGGGAACUGCUCAAAUAAGUGAAAAAAC